AUGAAGUUGCUUGCUCUUUCUCUGGCCUCUCUGGCCUCGGCUGCCUCGAUUCCCUCCUCCAACAUGUUCACUCGCCGUUCCGACUUCUGCGGCCAGUAUGACACCGCCACCGAGGGUAACUUCAUUGUGUACAACAACCUCUGGGGUCAGGACAAUGCCGACAGCGGUUCGCAAUGCACUGGUGUCGACUCUGCCAACGGUGACAGCAUCUCCUGGCACACCAGCUGGAGCUGGUCUGGUGGCUCGUCCAGCGUGAAGAGCUUCGCCAACGUUGCUUACCAGUUCACCUCAACUCAGCUGAGCAGCCUGAGCUCGAUCCCAUCUACCUGGGAGUGGUCGUACUCCACCACCGACAUCGUGGCCGACGUGGCCUACGACCUCUUCACAAGCUCCAGCGCCGGCGGAGACUCUGAGAACGAGAUCAUGAUCUGGCUGGCAGCUCUGGGCGGUGCUGGACCCAUCUCCUCAACCGGCUCUUCCAUCGCGAGCGUGACCCUUGGCGGCGUCACCUGGGACCUGUACUCGGGCCCCAACGGAAGCAUGCAGGUGUACAGCUUCGUCGCCUCAUCCACCACCGAAAGCUUCUCGGCGGAUCUGAUGGACUUCAUCAACUACCUCGUCGAGAACCAAGGCCUGUCGACCAGCCAGUACCUGACCAACGUGCAGGCCGGUACUGAGCCUUUCACUGGCUCUGACGCCACGUUCACUGUUUCCUCUUACUCUGUCUCCAUCUCAUAA